AUGGUUGAAACUGUAAAUGAUCGUGAAGCAAGAAUUACGAGGUAUAGCGAACUACUUGAAGCAUUCGCAUCGUUCGACGCCAAUAACGCUGGUUCAUUAUCUGUAAAGUACAUUAUUCCUGCUCUACGGAAGCUUGGAUGUAGAUCAACUGAUUCGGAAAUACUAGAAGCCGUAAAAGCUGCUGAAGUUAAUCAAAAUGCUGAGAAAAUUUCGUUUUACGACUUUAAAAGGAUUUAUCAGGAGGCCUGCAAAGGAGAUCCCAUGGUUUCUGCUAUCGGGAAUGCCGGUUCGAAGUCUAACCUUUAUCACUAUGGAACGUAUGGAGAUAGAGUGGAUGAUGAUACUCUACACAGCGUUAGUGAAGAGGAGCAGGUCGGAUUUUCCAGUUGGAUUGAAAGAAAUUUGCUCGACGACCCAGAAUGUAAGCGAUACCUGCCAUUCAAAUCCGAUGGAAGUGACUUAUAUGAUAAAUGUACAGAUGGCAUCUUAUUAUGUAAAAUCAUCAAUUGUUCUAUACCAAAAACAAUUGAUCAUCGUGCAAUCAACAGACAUUUACCAUUAACUACAUAUCAAAUGCAUGAAAAUAUUACAUUAGCAUUAAAUAGUGCUAGAGCUAUUGGUUGUAAUGUUGUAAAUAUUGGAGCAGGUGAUAUAUGGAAUGGUACUAAACAUUUAUUACUUGGACUACUUUGGCAAAUUAUUAAAAUUGGACUUCUGAAACAAAUAAAUGUAGUUGCUCACGCUGAACUAGCUACUCUUCUUGAAGGAGAAGAAACAAUUAAUGAUUUUGCUAAACUUUCUCCAGAAGAAAUUUUAAUUCGAUGGGUAAAUUAUCAUUUAAAAGGAACUGAUAGUGGAACACGUAUGGAAAAUUUCUCUUUUGAUGUUCGAAACUCAGAGGUUUAUGCUUAUUUAGUGGAAAAAAUCGCUCCUCAAGAAAAGAAGCAAUACAUGCAUUCGGCUCGAGCAAUUUUAGAUGCUGUAGAUUUAGUUCAACGAGCAGAAAUGGUAUUACAAAAUGCUGAACAACUGAAUUGUCGUGUUUUUGUUCGUCCAGAAGAUAUUGUUAGUGGAUCACAAAAAUUAAAUUUGGCUUUUUUAGCUAAUUUAUUUCAUGGUUAUCCAGCAUUAGAGAAACAACCAGAAGUUGAAGAGAAAGUUGCUGAAAUUGAAGAAACACGUGAAGAAAAAACAUAUCGAAAUUGGAUUAAUUCAUUGGGUUUUCCAAAUAAUGUCAAUUAUUUAUUCUAUGAUCUUGUUGAUGGUUUAAUAUUAUUAAGAUUAUUUGAUUCAAUUCAACCACAUAGUGUUAAUUGGACAGAAGUUCAUGAACCAAUAUGUGAUACACCAGCAAAAGCUAAUUUUCAAUGUCUUGAAAACUGUAAUUAUGUUAUUAAAUUGGGACGACAAUUUGGAUUUAGUUUGGUUGGAGUUGGUGGAGCUGAUUUACAUGAUGGUAAACGUAUAAUGACAUUAGCAUUAUUAUGGCAACUUAUGCGUGCUUAUACAUUAUCUUUAUUAACUCAAUUAACUGAAGCUGAAAUUGCUAUUUCAGGAAAAUUAACUAAUUCUAUUCAUGGUACAUCUUAUCCAAUAGAAGAAAUGAAAAUUAUUGAAUGGGCUAAUCAAAAAUUAAUAAAUGCUGGAAAAUUUACAAAAAUUUCAACUUCAUCAGGAUUUACUGAUCCAAAUUUAAAAACAUCACAUGCUGUUAUUGAUUUAAUUGAAGCUAUAAGACCAAAUACGGUUGAUUAUAAUUUAGUACUUCCAGGAAAUUCCAAAACUGAACAACUCACCAAUGCUCAAUAUGCUAUAACAUUAGCUAGACGAAUAGGUGCCACAGUUUAUGCGAUGCCAGAAGAUUUAAUUGAAUUAAAACAUAAAAUGAUAAUGACAAUAUUUGCUUGUUUAAUGGCUGUUGAUUUAAAUCGUAAAACUGUUAAUUCUUGGAAACAAGUAGAGAAAAUUGAGAUUGUGGAGAAUAGAUCAUUUCACAGUUCUACUCAUUCAAGUAGAGAAUCAUUGGAGACUAAAAGUUAUUUAUACGUUGAUACGAAUUGUAAAGAUAACUUGGAAGUUAAUGACGGUAAUAAUGAUGCUGAUGACGUGGUAGAAGAUAAUGACGUCGGAAAACCUUGCUCAAAGCCUGUCCUUCUUAAAGAUACACCUAGACCACCACCAGAGAAAAUGUUUGUGAAAUCAUUCAGAGUAAAUUUAUCAAGUUGCCGGAAAUCACCAAUCACUAGUUUAGAUGAUGCUAGACAAUCAUAUUCACUAUUAGGAGAUCGUACUGAAGUUGAUAGUUUAGAUGGUUUAGUUACAGCUAAUUUGGUUAAAGUAACUAACAUGCGAACGAUACCUACACCAAAUCGUUCUCGAUCUCCAAUUAAGCAUCAUCAUCAUGGUAUGAACUAUCAUUAUACGAAGUCAUCUUCACGAUCAUGGUCUCCUGUUGACUUACCAGUCAACACUUCUAAUAAAACAUACACAAAAUAUGUGAAUCAACUUUCUAAAUCAACACCUUCAGUUAAUCAAGUUGGUCUCAAUCAUCCUCAGAAAAGUUUUUCCCCAGUGCUAACCAAUAAUAAACAACAUUCACGUUCAGCAACACAAAGUCCACACGAAAAUAAACAAAAUACUACAGACAACCGUGAUUUACCAUUCACUACAGAGAAAGAAUAUAUUGAAGAGAAAACAACUCAUAGUACAUUAUAUACAUUAGUGUAUCCAAAAGAACAUUUUAUAGAUUUAAAACCAUCUAGAUACACCAAUAGUUUAAACAAUACAAUUAAAACAACAUCAGUCACUACCACUACCACUACAAAAAAUCGGCCACAUGGAGGAGGUCGUUUAUUUCUAGCUACUGGUGCAAAGAAAGAUCUAAUCACUUAA